AUGGAGGAAUACGAGGUGAAGGCGGCCGAGGAUCCCAGUAGUCUGGACCGUCGUCCGGCAGACCCCGACCAUCCCUCGCCAAAUCCGGAUCCAAGGCACUUUCAUGCUCCAGUUCGUCCCAGCGACUUCCUCCGAACUGGCCGACCAGCACAGAAGCGCGAGUGCCCAAUGCCGAAGGCCAAGGUAAAGGAGCUGCCUGAACAGAUCGCCGCCAAACGUGCGAUUCGCGCAUUUCUCAAGGUUCGCACCAGCUACGAUGUGCUGCCGCUCAGCUACCGUCUCAUUGUGUUCGACACUUCCCUGCUCGUUAAGAAGAGCUUGAACAUCCUCACAMAAUGCGCCAUAGUCUCAGCACCGCUCUGGGACUCGAACCUGUCCAAAUUCGCCGGCCUCCUCACAACGUCCGACUACAUCAAUGUGGUGCAAUACUACUGGCAAAAUCCAGAUGCCUUGAAGCAAGUGGACGAGUUCCGCCUCAACAGUUUGCGUGACAUCGAGCGAGCCAUCGGCGUGACACCCAUUGAGACAGUAUCCAUCCAUCCGCUGGAGCCUCUCUACGAAGCCUGCCGUCGGAUGCUGGAGUCUCGCGCCCGCCGCAUACCACUCAUCGACUUCGAUGACGAGACGAAGAGGGAAAUGGUUGUGAGCGUAAUCACGCAGUACCGGAUAUUGAAGUUCAUAUCGGUCAAYGUGAAGGAGACACAGUCACUACACAUGCCGCUGAGAGAUUUGGAUGUCGGAACCUACAAGGACCUCGCCACGGCAAGCAUGGAGACGCCAGUCAUGGACUGUCUACAUAUGCUUGUCCAGAAGAGCAUCUCGAGCGUUCCAAUCCUUGACAAAGACGGCACCGUCCUUAACGUCUUCGAGGCUGUGGAUGUCAUAGCACUCAUCAAGGGAGGUGACUACGACAAUUUAAACUUGAGUGUGGGCAAGGCGUUGGAGAAGAGAUCAGAUGACUUCCCCGGCAUCUACACAUGCACCUUGAACGAUCGCCUCGAUACGAUCUUCGACACAAUUCGCAAGUCGCGAGUCCACAGGCUCGUGGUGGUAGAUGAGGCAGGACAGCUAAAGGGACUGCUGUCCUUGAGCGAUAUCCUUGAAUACACCCUCAACUCUCCGCUUGGAGAUGAGGAUGACGAAUAG